GUGUAUACGUACCAUUGAGUGGAACAGGCUGCAGUGAAGCGUGCGUUUUGAUAUGUCGGACCCGGCGGCACAGGCCUUGCAACCCCGGCUACAUCAAGCUCAGUCUGGUGGGACUGCUGGGGCGGGAUCUGGAUCGGGGAACAGUGACCCAGUCAGACCAGGUCUUAGCCAACAACAGCGGGCGAGUCAGAAAAAAGCCCAAGUCAGAGCUUUUCCACGGGCGAAAAAGCUCGAGAAACUCGGAGUCUUCUCCGCUUGCAAGGCUAGUGACACAUGCAAGUGCAAUGGCUGGAAGAACCCACAACCGCCGACAGCCACCCGUAGUAUGGACUUACAGCAACAAGCGGCCAGCCUGAGCGAGUCCUGCCGCAGCUGCGGGCAUGCCCUGGCGGCCCAUGUGUCCCACCUAGAGAACGUGUCAGAGGAGGAGAUCAACAGGCUGCUGGGGAUGGUGGUGGAUGUGGAGAACCUCUUUAUGUCUGUGCACAAGGAGGAGGACACUGACACCAAGCAGGUCUACUUCUACCUCUUCAAGCUACUGAGAAAAUGCAUCUUGCAGAUGAGUCAGCCGAUAGUGGAGGGAUCAUUGGGGAGUCCCCCCUUUCAGAAGCCCAACAUAGAGCAGGGAGUGUUGAACUUCGUUCAGUACAAAUUCAGCCACCUGGCACCCAGAGAGAGGCAGACAAUGUUUGAGCUCUCCAAGAUGUUCCUCCUGUGCCUCAACUACUGGAAGCUGGAGACUCCCACACAGUUCCGCCAGCGGUCCCAGAAGGAUGAUGGCACAGCCUACAAAGUGGACUACACCAGGUGGCUGUGCUACUGCCAUGUCCCCCAGAGUAACGACAGCCUGCCGCGCUAUGAGACCACCCAGGUGUUUGGCCGCAGUCUGCUCAAGUCAAUCUUCACCGUGACGCGCCGCCAGCUCCUGGAGAAGUUCAGAGUGGAGAAGGACAAGCUCCUACCAGAGAAACGCACACUAAUCCUCACACACUUUCCCAAGUUUCUGUCUAUGCUAGAGGAGGAGAUCUAUGGGGAAAACUCUCCCAUCUGGGAGGCUGACUUCACCAUGCCUGCCUCAGAGGGGGGCCAGCUGGGUCACCAGUUAGUGAUCAGCCCUGCUGCAGUGUCGGGUUCGCCCUCCAUCUCUAAGGGCAUGAACAGUGGCUCUUCGCUAGGCAGUCUGGGGCUGGACUCUGGCGUGGCCGAGCCCAUAACAGGAGAGAAGAGGAAGCUUCCAGAAGCUCUGACCCUGGAGGACGCCAAGAGGAUCAGGGUGAUGGGCGACAUCCCCAUGGAGUUGGUCAACGAGGUAAUGAUGACCAUCACUGACCCGGCUGCCAUGUUGGGCCCAGAGACGAGUCUGCUGUCUGCCAAUGCUGCUCGUGAUGAGACAGCCAGGCUGGAGGAGAGGCGGGGCAUCAUAGAGUUCCAUGUCAUAGGGAACUCUCUUUCCCAGAAGUCCAACAAGAAGAUCCUGAUGUGGCUGGUGGGCUUGCAGAACGUCUUCUCCCACCAGCUGCCUCGCAUGCCCAAAGAGUACAUCACACGCCUAGUGUUUGACCCGAAGCACAAGACGCUGGCCCUAAUCAAGGAUGGCCGUGUCAUCGGGGGCAUCUGUUUCAGGAUGUUCCCAACCCAGGGCUUUACAGAGAUCGUCUUUUGUGCCGUCACAUCCAACGAGCAAGUCAAGGGCUACGGUACUCACCUGAUGAACCACCUAAAGGAGUACCACAUCAAGCACAGCAUCCUGUACUUCCUCACCUACGCUGAUGAGUACGCCAUUGGAUACUUCAAGAAGCAGGGAUUUUCCAAAGACAUCAAAGUGACGAAGAGUCGUUACCUUGGUUACAUCAAGGACUACGAGGGGGCUACCCUCAUGGAGUGUGAGCUAAAUCCCAGAAUCCCCUACACAGAGCUAUCUCAUAUCAUCAAGAGGCAGAAAGAGAUCAUUAAGAAGCUGAUCGAGAGGAAGCAGACCCAGAUCAGGAAGGUGUACCCAGGACUCACCUGCUUCAAAGAGGGGGUACGGCAGAUCCCUGUGGAGAGCAUCCCUGGCAUCAGGGAGACAGGCUGGAAGCCUAGUGCCAAGGAGAAAGUGAAAGAGUUGAAAGACCCUGACGUGUUGUACAACAUGCUGAAGAAUCUCCUGGCCCAGGUCAAGACUCACCCUGAUGCCUGGCCCUUCAUGGAACCUGUGAAAAAGUCUGAGGCUCCAGACUACUACGAGAUCAUACGCUUCCCCAUUGAUCUGAAGACCAUGACGGAGAGGCUGAAGAACAGAUACUACGUGACCAAGAAGCUGUUCAUAGCAGACCUGCAGCGCGUCAUUACCAACUGCCGUGAAUACAACCCCCCGGACAGCGAGUACUGCAAGUGUGCCAACACACUGGAGAAGUUCUUCUACUUCAAGCUGAAGGAAGGGGGCUUGAUUGAGAAGUGAAGCUAGGGUCACAGGUCACCAUGCACAACAGCCCCACUGUGGAACAGCAGGAAGGAGCGUUCGUGGACACACACUCACACACACCAUACACACUGUCUUGUGAUGACAUAGUCAGGGGAUCAUUGCUAGCCAUAUUUUAACCCUUUUUUCCUUGUCUUUUCUUUUAGGAAGCCUUUAUGAAUGGCUGUGCGUGUUUAUGCAUGUUUGUAUUACUGGUGGGUGAAGGGAGCUGUGGGGUAUGAUGAUAAAAUUGUGGAGGUUAUUGGAAAGGCUCUAUGGGCCAGUUAAGUUAGUUAAUCUGUCGAAAUGACUCCAUCAAUCCCUCCCUCUCUGUCUGUCUCCAUCUAUCUCUCUCUCACUACCCUCUGUAGUAUAGAAUCUCUGUGUGUUGCUGUCUCAUUCUGGUUUCAUUCUUGCUCAAGAAUGCAACGUAUUCCUGUACCAAAAUGAUUGGUCCCGCAGCAGAUCAUGUCAAACUUUCCACAUAGGUUACGUUCAAAUUAUAGGAUGGCAUUUUCACUGAAUUGUUUCUCAAUCGGAUAAAAUAAUGCCCGCUUAGACAUUCACAGCUCCUCAAGAUGGGAGUUUUAUGUUUGGUACUGACAUGGAAACGUGAGUAGGCUGAACUUGGGGACCUAUGCCGUUGUUGCCUUCCUGUACUGACAUACACUUGAAAAGAGGCCAGUAGACUUGGAGGGUAGAAAUACAAUGUGCCCUUGAGUUAGAACACAAUACAUGUUCAGACUCUUCACAUUGUCAAAGUCAGGUUACAGUCACGUUCCAGGCUGACUACAUCGCAGACGCCUGCCAGAUCUCACAAGGCCUGGAUAGGUAUUUAACAAUCAGUUACCACAUCAUGUAACAGGAAACGCAACCAUUGGUUGAUACAAUGCAACAACUGAAAUGUAGUCAGCCUGAAACGUGAUCAUAGAUAUCCCUGUCUGACAUUACAUUGACAUUUUAGUCAUUUAGCAGACGCUCUUAUCCAUUUUAGUCAUUUAGCAGAUGCUCUUAUCCAGAGC